AUGAGGAUGGACGCCGGCGAGGGUGCGCCCCCGGCGGGGGCGGGUGGCCGCGCCGCGGGCGGCUGGGGCAAGUGGGUGCGGCUGAACGUGGGGGGCACGGUGUUCCUGACCACCCGGCAGACGCUGUGCCGGGAGCAGAAGUCCUUCCUCAGCCGCCUGUGCCAGGGGGAAGAGCUGCAGUCGGACCGGGAUGAAACCGGGGCCUACCUCAUUGACCGCGACCCCACCUACUUCGGGCCCAUCCUGAACUUCCUCCGGCAUGGCAAGCUGGUGCUGGACAAGGACAUGGCUGAGGAGGGGGUCCUGGAGGAAGCUGAGUUCUACAACAUCGGCCCACUGAUCCGCAUCAUCAAGGACCGGAUGGAGGAGAAAGACUACACCAUCACACAGGUCCCGCCAAAGCAUGUGUACCGUGUGCUGCAAUGCCAGGAGGAGGAGCUCACACAGAUGGUCUCCACCAUGUCCGAUGGCUGGCGCUUUGAGCAGCUGGUGAACAUCGGGUCCUCCUACAACUACGGCAGCGAGGACCAGGCCGAGUUUCUGUGUGUGGUGUCCAAGGAGCUUUACAGCUCCCCACAUGGGCUGAGCUCCGAGUCCAGCCGCAAAACCAAGAGCACGGAGGAGCAGCUGGAGGAGGAGCAGCAGCAGGAGGAGGAGGUGGAGGAGGUGGAGGUGGAGGAGGUGGAGGUGGAGGCAGAUACGCAGGAGAAAGCCCAGUCAUCUCAGGAUCCUGCUAACCUUUUCUCCCUCCCACCACCACCGCCUCCUCCUCCUCCGCUUCCCGCUGGAGGUCCCCGUCUGCACCCUCUCAGACCUGAGACCGAGCUGGCAGUGAGGGCUUCUCCUCGGCCCCUCGCCCGCCCCCAGAGCUGCCAUCCCUGCUGUUACAAGCCAGAGUUACCCGGAUGUGAGGCCUCAGAUCACCUCCAGGGACUUGGGGUUCCGAUCUGAAAUCCUUUAUUUUUGUACUGUGGGGCGGGCCACCAGCCCAAGGUGGAGGCAGCGCUCUCCCUCCUGCCACUUCUGUCCCCCCCUGUGGGGCUGUGAGCUACCCCUGCCUCCGGGGGGCAGGAUGGGGGUCCACUGGCACCUCUCAAGCCCAGAGGUGGACCCUGGGACCCCUGGGCAGAGCCACCUGCCCACAGCCGAUGCGUGGCACUGCCUAGCGGUGCUCCCCAGGCCCUCCUGCCCCUGCCCCGGGCUUCCCUGCUGCAUGGCAGAAACCUCCCCUGUCCAGUGGCAUGGGCUCCCUGAGCCUUUGUCUCCCACCCACCUACCUCACAGGGUUGUUGUGAGGGUGCAAAGAGGAGCAAGGGAAGCCCUUGGGGUGUGUGGGAAAUGUGAGCACAGCUGGCCCUCCCUCCCCCUUCCCUUGGAGCGGGGAGGGACCUGGCGGAACCCCCAAGCAGGACACCGUUUGCAAAAGGAAGUUCAGGUGUAGGGGCCCCGUCUGAAGGAGGGCUUGGGUGACCCGGCCUUCACCAUGGCUGCCCCCCACCCAUCCUCACGGCUAGCAGAGCACCGUGGCCGUGGGUCAGCAGGGCCAGUGGAGCGACUCAGGAAUUCACAAUGAGGGACAGGGGUUCACUCCUGCCCAAGGGAAAGUCUGGGGGUGGGGGGCGGUGUCAGGGGCUGAGUGAAGGGCCCCUCCUGUGUUUCUGACUUCCCAGGAUGGGUUCCUGUUUCUCAGCUGCGUCCCACUCCACUGUGUAAUAAACCCUGAAGAAACGGC